CUCCGUGAUUUCUUAGACAAAACAAAGUCCCUGCGCAAGCGAUUGUAAGACUACCAGAAACCGCAGAUGAUACAUCUCACCUCCGUCAUACUCCUCGACACGUUUAUUUUCUGAUAUGCCCUAAAGAAUGUUCGUCCACUCUUCGAGCACCACGAUGUCGUUUUUACCGAUGAGUGAAAUGUCGGCGUUGCAUACGUGGGGUUUACCCGCCGCCCUUCAUACAUUGCUCUGCUGGACUAAUAGUAGGUUGCAGAUGGGCCACAAGACGGACAAAGUGACGUCCUCACACAAGAAUUGCAGCCGGAGGCGGAGCGUGUAUCUGGAUCAUCUGUUGUCUAUCAUAUCGAGACCCUUAUGGAAUUACUUCUGCAGAAAAGGCGAGACCAUCUAUGUCGUAAGAAGCAUCUUGGGCAAGGAGGCAAAGGCGCCAAGGUGCCACACACUUCUGCCAUCGGUACAGGAGUUUAGGACGUGUCGCUGAAAUAUUAUCUUUGAACGAUUAAUCGCCCAAUUUUACGCGCAUAUAUGCAGGUGAAAAUUUUUGUUUAGGAUGCGAGAUACAACAGAAGCUAGCG